AUGCUGUCCCUAACCCUCCGCAACCAAUGCAUCGGCAUGUCCUCGUUCCUCCACUUCAGACUGUAUCCAGAAUCGGGCUGCUUCGUACCACCUCCAUCACCGUCAUCUCUCACGGAUUACUAUGACUGUGUUCUGGGGUUCAGACUGUAUCCAGAAUCGGACUGCUACGUACCACCUCCAUUACCGUCAUCUCUCACGGAUUACUAUGACUGUGUUCUGGGGUUCAGACUCUCCAUGAUGCAGAAUCUGCUCGCCAGUACAGGAGUUGCGGGUUUGGUCCCCGGCCCAGGAAGACCUGAGACGCCUCGGAGCAGCAAAGUCCGUGCCGUGCAGCUGCGGACCCUCUGCUCUGCAGCUCUGCAGCUACUGGCACACGCGCCGCCACCACUGACCCAGAUGCCCUAG